AUGGCGACUACUUCGAACAUGUUCCUGUACUCCCUGACGAUCCAGGCACCGACUACGGUGACGCAGGCGAUCCUGGGCCAGUUCUCGGGGACCAAGGAGCAGCAGAUUGUGACCGCAUCGGGUUCGCGCCUGACGUUGUUGCGGCCAGACCCAGCCCAGGGCAAGGUCAUCACAAUCCUGUCGCAUGAUGUCUUUGGUAUCAUCAGAUCCAUUGCGGCAUUCCGCCUUGCUGGCAGCAAUAAGGAUUACUUGAUAUUGGCGACCGACUCGGGACGGAUUUCGAUUGUCGAAUAUAUCCCAGCGCAGAAUCGGUUCAAGCAGCAGAAGUUGGAGACCUUCGGCAAGUCUGGUGUGCGCCGGGUCAUUCCCGGGCAGUAUCUUGCCAGCGACCCGAAAGGAAGGGCUUGUCUCAUCGCCUCGGUUGAGAAGAACAAGCUGGUCUAUGUGCUCAACCGCAAUGCACAGGCUGAGCUCACGAUCUCUUCCCCGUUAGAGGCACACAAGGCGAACACUAUUGUGCUGUCGAUGGUCGCGUUGGAUGUCGGGUAUGCAAACCCCGUGUUUGCCACUCUGGAGGUCGAUUACUCCGAGGCGGACCAAGACCCUACCGGGGAGGCUCUGAAAGAGGUCGAGACCCAGCUAGUGUACUAUGAACUUGACCUUGGUCUCAACCACGUUGUCAGGAAGUGGCAUGAUGUUGUCGACCCAACAGCCUCGAUGCUCUUUCAGGUUCCCGGCGGUAAUGAUGGGCCCAGCGGAGUGCUCGUAUGUGGCGAGGAGAACAUCACAUACCGGCACUCGAACCAGGAGGCGUUCCGCGUGCCUAUCCCAAGGCGGAAAGGUGCUACCGAAGAUCCCAAUCGCAAGCGCACUAUCGUCUCCGGCGUGAUGCACAAGCUCAAAGGCAACGCGGGGGCGUUCUUCUUCUUGCUGCAGUCAGAGGAUGGCGACGUGUUCAAGGCCACCAUUGAUAUGGCCGAGGAUGACGAAGGAAAUCCGACUGGCGAGGUUCGCAGACUCAGAAUCAAGUAUUUUGAUACUGUCCCCGUAUCGACCAGCCUCAACAUCCUGAAGAGUGGGUUUCUUUUCGUGGCCAGCGAAUUCGGUAACCACCACUUCUAUCAGUUCGAGAAGCUUGGUGAUGAUGAUGAGGAGCUGGAGUUCUCCAGCGACGACUUCCCUGCUGACCCGCUCGCCUCGUUCUCGCCGGUAUACUUCUAUCCACGACCUGCUGAAAACCUGAGUCUUGUGGAGAGCGUCAAUUCGAUGAAUCCCCUUAUUGACACCAAAGUCGCCAAUCUCACCGAGGAUGACGCCCCUCAAAUCUUCUCCAUUUGUGGAAAUGGUGCUCGCAGUACUUUCAAAACUCUCAAGCACGGCCUGGAGGUCAACGAGAUUGUGGCGUCUGAGUUGCCUGGUAUUCCUUCGGCCGUCUGGACCACAAAGCUCACUCGGGAGGAUCAGUACGACGCAUACAUCAUUCUGUCUUUCAGCAAUGGCACCCUAGUUUUGAGCAUUGGCGAGACCGUCGAGGAGGUCACCGACACCGGCUUUCUUUCUUCUGUUCCCACCCUCGCCGUCCAGCAGCUGGGCGAUAACGGGCUGAUUCAGGUUCACCCCAGAGGUAUCCGGCACAUCAUUAAUGGCCGCGUUAAUGAGUGGUCGGCCCCGCAGCACCGCACCAUUGUGGCCGCGUCCACAAAUGAGCGUCAAGUCGCAAUUGCUCUCAGCUCUGGCGAGAUCGUCUAUUUCGAAAUGGAUACCGAUGGGUCCCUUGCUGAGUACGAUGAGAAGAAGGAGAUGUUCGGCACCGUGACUUGCCUAAGUCUCGGACAGGUGCCUGAAGGGCGGCUGAGAAGCUCUUACCUCGCUGUCGGAUGCGACGAUUGCACGGUACGAGUGUUGAGUCUUGACCCUGAUUCCACUCUUGAGAGCAAGUCUGUCCAGGCUUUGACUGCGGCGCCAUCUGCUCUCUCCAUUAUGUCAAUGGAGGACUCCUCUUCCGGUGGCUCAACACUAUAUCUCCACAUCGGACUACACUCUGGUGUAUACCUCCGAACUGUUCUCGACGAAAUUACCGGAGAGUUGACAGAUACCAGACAAAAGUUCCUGGGUCCCAAACCAGUCAAGCUCUUCCAGGUCUCUGUUCAAGGUCGUGGCUGUGUCCUUGGGCUAAGUUCACGGACAUGGCUAGGCUAUUCGGAUCCAAUCUCCAAGGGCUUCAUGAUGACACCUCUGGACUACAGCGACCUCGAAUGGGGGUGGAAUUUCAGCAGUGAGCAGUGCGAAGAGGGCAUGGUAGGCAUCCAGGGUCAGAACCUCAAGAUCUUUUCUGUGGAUAAGCUUGACAGCACCUUGCUGCAAGAGUCUAUCCCUCUUACGUACACACCGAAGCGGAUGGUCAAGCACCCGGAACAGCCCUAUUUCUACACGAUAGAGUCGGAGAAUAAUACGCUCCCCCCGGAACUGCGCGCGAAGCUGCUUGCCGAUCCCGGCGUCGUCAAUGGCGACGCAGCCGUGCUCCCUCCGGAGGACUUUGGCUAUCCCAGGGGCCGUGGGCGUUGGGCAUCAUGCAUCAGCGUGGUUGAUCCAUCUAUUGAGAAGAGGGUCUUGCAAACCCUUGAUCUUGAGGAUAACGAAGCAGCUGUGAGCAUGGCGACGGUAUCAUUUGCGAGCCAAGACAACGAGACUUUCCUUGUUGUCGGCACCGGGAAGGACAUGAUCCUGAAUCCUCGCCAGUUCAGCGCUGGCUUCAUCCAUGUCUACCGAUUCCAGGAGGAUGGUCGAGAGAUUGAAUUCAUCCACAAAACAAAGGUUGAGGAGCCACCAAUGGCCCUGAUUCAGUUCCAGGGACGACUCCUGGCAGGCAUCGGCAAGACUUUGAGAGCUUACGACCUGGGUCUGCGUCAGCUUCUCCGUAAGGCUCAGGCCGAGGUCGCGCCGCAUCUCAUUGUCUCACUACAGACUCAAGGCAGUCGCAUCAUUGUGGGAGACGUACAGCAAAGUGUCAUUUACGUUGUAUACAAGCACGAGAGCAACAAGCUCAUCCCCUUCAGCGAUGAUCAGAUUGCUCGCUGGACGACUUGUACUACUAUGGUCGACUACGAAUCUGUUGCAGGUGGUGACAAAUUCGGCAAUGUCUGGAUUGUUCGCUGCCCGGCCAAGGCCAGUGAAGAGGCUGACGAAGACGGCGGCGGCGCCCAUCUUGAGCACGCCAGAGAGUACUUGCAUGGCACCAAUCACCGCGUGAGCUUGAUGACGCACUUCUUCACUCAGGAUGUACCAACCAGUAUCACCAAGACCAAUCUUGUCGUUGGUGGCCAAGAUGUCUUGCUUUGGAGCGGCAUACAAGGCACUAUUGGCGUCUUCAUUCCAUUUGUCAGCCGUGAAGAUGUCGACUUCUUUCAGAGCCUCGAAUCCCACAUGCGGACUGAGGACCCCCCACUCGCUGGGAGAGAUCACCUGAUCUACCGUAGCUAUUAUGUGCCUGUUAAGGGUGUCAUAGACGGCGACCUGUGUGAGAGAUUUGCAUUGCUCCCCACAGACAAGAAGCAGAUGAUCGCGAGCGACCUCGACCGUUCAGUCCGCGAGAUCGAGAGGAAGAUUUCGGACCUCCGCACCCGAUCAGCGUUCUGA